UGCAAGUUGUAUAAGUAGUACGGUCUUUAGCCUCUUUACUUGCAUGUGAACAUGGCAGGAAGGCAUACCGUUACUCCGGCAAGGAUAACGCGCCGCUUGCCCUAGCGAAAGCCCUAUAAGUAAACUUGUGAAGCCAUUUGUUGCUCAGAAGUCGAAAUGGGUGGAGGCUGCAGCUCUCUUGCGGAUGAGGGCGUCUUUCGGCCCUUGAAGGAGCGAACAGGCGCAGAGGAUGGGGCUACGACCGCUACUGGGGAGAUAGAAACACAAAUGCUCAUUGGGCAUCUCGAUGCAGUUUCUAGAGCAAAAGAAAACCUUGCACCCCUUUGGAAAGACCAGUCGCUGACGCCUUUCACCUCUCACCGAAGCCCACACAACCAACGUCGUGCCAGCACGGUUUCCUGCGGGGUAUCGCUGGCUGCACUGAAGGCCAUUGCGCUUGCAGUGCCCCAAAACUGGACGACUGCGGAAGUCAAGGAGCACUUGGUCAUGCCGGCGACACAGGCUUUGGGCUGCCGUUUUGUGGACGUCCCCGGGUUUAUCCCACCUACACACGUCCGCCGACCAAACUACUUUAUCUCUCACCACUGGCGCGGGAACUUCCACGAGCUCAUAACAACCCUAGCCCAUGUGCUCAAGGAUGCAGUGCCUGAGGAAGUGACAUGCUGGCUGGACAUCCUAGCAGUGAACCAGCAUGACUGCUCGGAGGACCUGGCCAACCUGAAGGAGGCGGUGCGGGCAGCAGAUGGAGGCACGCUGGUGGUGCUGGGCCCCAGCGGGGGACCCCUGGGGCGAGUGUGGUGCCUGUAUGAGUUCUUCACCACCGUGAAGGUCAAGGGUCCCGACUCUCUCCACAUGCUGCUGCCCUCACAAAACACGGCACUGGACGCCCUGCGUGACAUCAUAGUCCGUAUAGACGUCGUAAGUGCUGGCUACACGCUGAAGGCGGAUCGAGAUACGAUCCUGGCCGACAUAAAGGCAGACUUUGGGUCGACGGAGGCGUUCAACCUGCUCCUGAAGCUCCUGUUGUUGCUGCAACCCCUCGAUUACUCUACGGACUUGGCCGCUUUGAAGCAGCGUGGAGGGGGCAAUGCCGCUUGGAGCCUGGGUGAACUGCAGGCAUGGUUGGGGACGCCGCCGCAAGCACUUAUGUUGAUGCAACAACAGCAGCGGGGCGCACAGGGCGGUGAGACGUCCUCGGCAGUGGAGAAGCCGCAGCAGCCCCGCUGCUUUGCUGUGUACGGCGGCGCAGGGCAGGGUAAGUCUACAUUGGCCGCGGCGAUGGUGGAAGCCAGCGCUGAAGCUCUGGCGGCGUGGAAGGUGGCGUGUAAGGACGCCGCUGGGGGGCACCGCGCACCUCCCCCUCCUCCGGCAAGGAUACAUGCCCACCACUUUUGCAAGCACAAUGACGUGCGACGGCAGGACGUGCUGCGUAUCAUCAAAUCGCUGGCCUAUCAGCUCGCCACUGCACCGGACCUGCCGCAUUUCCGUCAGGAGAUGAUUGCCAUGCUUGAGACGGUGUUCCUGUCGUCCGCUGGCGUGAAGCAGCCGCCAACCGCACCAGCAGGAGCAGACCUGCAGCAGGGUGCCACUACCGUCACUGCGGCUGCCGGCGUGGAAGAGGCGCUGGUGGUGGCGUCGGCGUAUGGAGGGGAGCUCCUGCAGGACGAGGCAGGGGCCAUGGAACUGCUGCUGGCCCGCCCGCUGCGCAACCUGGCAGCUAAGCGUGCCGCCGCACGCAGCAUGGCCGUCCAAUGUCCGGACGGUAAGGAAGGCAGCAGCGAAGGUGGAGGCAGCGCGCGGGGGGCCAGCAGCUGGGAUCAGCGGGGGGACAUUGUGGUGCUGAUAGACGCGCUGGAUGAGGCUGAUGGCAGCGAGGGAGACCUGCUGGGCUCCAAUCUGGUGCUGCGCUUUGUGACGGAGCGGCUGGCGCAGCUGCCGGGGCUGCGGGUGGUGCUGACCAGCAGGCCUGAGCAAUCCAUCAUGUACGGCAUCUCCACGGCCUUUGGCGCCGUACUGGCGGUUGAUCCUGCCCAGAUGGCAUCCGGGGCUGCCGUACAGGCACAGCUGCUGCGGCGGCUCAGCGGUGCAGUGGAGGGCAGUGCACUGACACAGGUGGUGGGCAGCCUGUUACAACUGAGCAGCGCGGUGCAGCGGCACCAGCAGCAGGGUCCGGUCGUCGGCAGCAGUGCUGAUGUCGGCAACAGCAGCAGCAUCGAUUCCGGCAUUGCCGGCCCCAACCAAGGAACCCAUCCGUGCAACCUAGUCUACCUGGCAGUGGUUUCAGAGCUCCUGGUGCGCCGCAUCAUCACGCCUGACCGACUGCCAGCCACGCUGUCGGAUGCCUACGCUGCCUGCUUCCAUGAUCUGCUGUUGGGGGGCACUGCUGGCAUUGCUGAGGCUGAUGCGGACGGCGAACAGGACCGGCAACAGCAGCAGCAGCAGCGGCAGCAGCAGCAGCUGGUAUGGCAGCUGGUAGCGGUGAUGUCUGUGGCUCGAGAGCCGCUCUCCCCCAGUCACCUGCAUGAACUGGGCCUCUUCACGUGCCGUACCAGCCUGCCUCUGUGGGGGCUGCUUUUCUACGAACGCGAGAUGCGGCUGUACGGCCUGCACAAGUCGCUGUUUGAAUGGCUGCUGACAGCCCAGCUAGCAACAACCUCAACCUCACAGCCCUCAUCGUCAUCAUCAUCAGCAGCAGCGGCAGCAGCAGCAGCAGCAGCACGAGCUGACGAGGCUUGCAGGAGCCCUGCAACAGGACUGGUCCUGCCGCACGUGCUGCGGGCAACAGCACAUUACAGCUUGGCAUCACGUCUAGACGCCGCUUGUCCCUACGCCCUGCAGCACGCGCUGCACCACGCGCUUCGGGCUGCCGCAGCUGGGCUUCCAGGCGCGUUGCAGCUAGCGGAGCGUCUGUCACUGGAUUUCAGCCGUUGGGAAACGGUGUUCACCCAUGGGUACGGGCUGGCUGCGGUACGGGACUUUGUGCUGGAGGCUGCAGCGAUGGACGCCUGCCACACAUCAUCUUCGGCGCAGGGCAGCAGCAGCAGCAGCAGCAGCACCAGCACCAGCAGCAUUAUUAGAGAUGCAACCCGCUGGCUGCAACGCGAGGCUGCUGCCCUGGCUGCACACGCACCGUGUGUGCUGCAAACCGCCCUGGACUGCCCCUCGCACAGCAGCGUGCAUAGGGCCGCACUACUUGCUGCUGCCCAAGAGGGGGCCGGUACACCGUUGGUGGGAGCCACUGAAGAGGAGCUUGCUGCCCGGCAGGCCUGCCGCCCACCACGGCUCCUCAGCCCCGGCAGUAGCUCCUGGCCACCGCUGGCUGCUACCCUAAAGGAGCGCACUGCGACUGCCUCCGCUUGCUGCCUAUCCGCAGACUGCAGCCUGUUUGCCGUGGGCUACGUGGACGCCUCCAUUGCGUUGAUGUCCGCCCAGCGUGACGUGAUGCUGGGUGGACCACAGGCGCCGCAUGCAGGAUUGGGCGGGGCUGUCAGUGUCGGCGGCCCGCCAUCCAAGCUGAUGGCAACCUUGCAGGGACACGGUGGCACAAUCACGUGCUUAGCCUUUGCGGAACGCCGUGGGGAGGGUGAUGAAAAGCUGCUCCUAGCAAGUGGCUCCAUCGACUUGUCUCUGCGGCUAUGGAGUGUCACCGCUGCCGAUGGCAACAGCAGCAGCAGCAGCAACAGCAGGGGCUGUGGGUGUGAGCAGGUCGCUGUCUUACAGGGCCACGGAGGCGCGGUGACGGCGGUUGCUUUUUCACCUCCAGAGGCUGCCGGCGUGCGGUUGUUGGCGUCUGGCGGGGCGGACAGGUCGGUACGUGUGUGGUGUUGUACGACAAUGACGCAGCUGCGCGUCCUAACUGGCCACACCACCACGGUGAGGGGUCUAGCGUUUGACGCGAGCGGCAUGCAUCUGGCGUCAGGAGCGGAGGAGGACGCAGCAGUACGGAUUUGGAGGCUUGACAGCGUCAUUGCAGGAGCAACAGCAGAAGCAGGAGCAACAGCAGAAGACGGUGCUUUACCGAUCACAUCAAAGGAAGGCACCGGGCUGCAGGUAGGCGUGGCAGUCCUUGAUGUCGGCGCAGGCAGCUCGGAAGGCGUGUCGAGCCUUGUCUUCCUGCAGCAGAGCUUCCAGCAGCCCGUGUCUGGUGAGGGCGACCCUGCUGAUGAGGAUAAGGAUAAGGAGCGCCGCCUGCUGCUUGUUGGUGGAAGCCACGGUGGCAGCCUUGCUGUGUGGCACGUGCACCGGGAUCAGCUCAUCAGCUCUGGACAGCAGGCCGGUUCUGCUGAAGCCGCUGAAGCUCUGGAGGUGCUCGCUGUGCGGCCAAAGGCGCACCACGGCCCUCUGUCAGCCCUAGCAGUGCUUCCAGGCGGCGGCAGCUUGGUCGCCAGCGGGUCAUGCGACCGGGUCAUCCGCGUGUGGAGCUUAGCCUCCCUAACGGGGGUUGGCAGCAGGAAUGCCGCUGCUGCUGCUGCUAGAGGCGGCGCGGCUGUUGGAUUGGAUGGAAGUGUUAGCAUGGAUAGCAGUUUGGUCUGCGGCAGCAGCGCCAGCAGCAGCAGCGGGCUUAUCCUUGACAGCAGUUGUGCAGGGCCUGCGGCACCCGUGUGGUGCCUUGUUGCCACGUCAGGGUACGGCCCCAGUGCUUCCAGCGGCUCCAGUGCUUGUGAUGCCGCAAGCGGCUGGUCCUGCCGACUGGCUGCAGGGCUUGCAGACGAGUCCGUGCGGUGGUGGACCCGCGCAACAUCAGCGGAGGAGGAUGAGGGUGCAGGCGGCCCCCUGCUAAAGCCGCUCGCAGCACCGGUCACGAGUGCUUGCAUGGCAGUUAACAGCGUAGCGCUAUCCACCGACGGCCAACUGGUUGCAGCUGGGACAGUGAGUGGCAGCACCCUGGUUUACGACACUCGGACUGGAGAGCGGAGGGCUUGCCUCAAGGCGGCUCCAGCAGAGGCGGCUCUGGGGUGUUCCGCGGUGUGCCAGGUGGCGUUUUCCACCUGCGGGACGCUGCUGGCUGUGAGCUAUGAGAACGGGCAGAUUGUACUGUUCGACAUGAAGACUGGGGAGCCGCGUGCAGUGCUGUCGGGGCACAGCCGUGCGGUGUGGGGCUUGUGCUUUGCUCCCGCGCUGGGAGCGCAGCAGCUAGCAUCAGGCUCGGCAGACGGGGAGGUGUGUGUUUGGGACGUGCAAGCAGCCUUGGCGACCCAUGGAGACGAGGUGUCGCGGGAAGAGCCGUGCAUGCGAUUGUCAGGUGCGGGCUUGCAGCUGGACCGUUGCAAGAUGACGCCCGUCAAGGGCGAGCAUAGCACCUCGGUUUGCAGUGCGGAGGGCGCUGUUUGGGCGCUAGCUUUCUCCGCUGACGGGCAGCUGCUUGCGGCCGCACACCACGCUGGACAUAUCGCGUUGUGGCAUGCAGCGACAGGUGAGCUGGCAAGUACCCUAGGGCAGGGCUCUGAUGACCCGGUCUUUGCCCUGGCAAUGUGUCCUCACCGCCCGCUGCUCGCCGCCGGCUGUGCUUCUGGUGUGGUGCAAGUUUGGGACCUUGCUGCAGCAACGGUAGCAACAGGGCAGCCCAGCCAAGGCGGACGGAACUGCUGCGUGCUGCUGGAAGCCAGGCAACAGCAGGGCCCACAGCAAGGCCCCAUGGCGCCGGUUUGGGGCCUGACGUUUUGGGGAUCCACGCAAUCCGACAAAGUGGCGUUGGUGCUGGCAACAGGAGGCAAAGCCAUCAUUGUGAUACCAGAUCUUCUGGCCCAGGCCGACUACCUUGGGGAGCACAAGGAUGCUGGGCAGCAGCUGCAACGACCCGUACGUAUCGCACCUCGGCUGCAGCAGCUGCUGGAGGGGCACACUGCGGCCGUACAUGCUGCUGCCUUGUUUGCGCAAGUCGAGCAUGGGUUUGAGUCUGCUGGAGCACUGCUUGCCACGGGGGGUGCGGAUCAGACGGUGCGGCUCUGGCGCCUGGCGGCGGAUAAUGGUGUGGCCGAUGUAGCUGCUGUAGCGUCCUUAGCAGACAAGCAGCGGGACUGCCGGCAGCAACAUGAGGGGCUGCAAGAAGACAAACAGCCAGGGCAGCAGCAGCAGGAGCAUGUGGAGCAGCAGCAGCAGCAGUGGGGCCAUAAGGGGGCUGUCUGGGGCUGCGCCUUCUCCCUUGCAGAUGGUCGAACCCUGGCAAGCGGUGCGGACGACCGAACGUGCAUGCUGUGGGAUGCAGACACGGGCGCAGCACGGAUGACAGCAUCCGUGCAUGAUGGGCCCAUCUGGGGUGUGGCUGUGUCGCCAGAUGGCAGCAUGGCGGCCUCAGCUUCUGAUGACCGCUGCGUUUGCUUGUACGACAUGCAGGCUGCGCGGCAUACCCGCACUCUGCGAGGCCAUGAGGGCACGGUGUGCUGUGUCCAGUUUGCGCCUAACUCACGUCUCUUAGCUUCCGGCUCCGCUGAUCAAACCAUUCGGCUGUGGUCCGUCCCCUGUGCUGACGAUGGCACCGUGGCAGCAGCAGCAGCAGCAGCAGGCGGUGAGGCAGCAGGAGGUAGCAACCUGUGCGGGGGUGCCACCCUUCCACCCAAGGGCGGUGUUUCCACCCUAACCGGCCAUGGCGGUGCAGUGUACAACCUCGCGUUUUCACCAUGUGGACAGCUGCUGGCAGCCGGCAGUGGCGACAACCUGCUCCACCUUUGGGACGUGGGUGGCCGGGAGAGAAAGGCCACAUUUGCAGGCCACGGUGCGGCGGUGUACGGAGUGGGUUAUUCCCCUGAUGGCUUGCGGGUCGCCUCGGGUGGCGGGGACAACUUGGUGCGCCUGUGGGACGUGGCCAGCCAGCAGCAGGUGCAGCGGCUGGAGGGUCACACGGGACCGGUGUGCAGCACGCGGUAUGCUCCGGACGGUGCGCUGCUGGCGUCGGGCGGGGACAAGACGGUCCGCCUGUGGUGCAGCCGGUCUGGCAGGGCCUGCGGUGUGCUGCGGGGCUUUGCGGGGCCGGUGUGGUGUGUAGCGUUUGGCUCGCAGCCGCACCUGUUGGCUACGGCUGCUGACGAUCAUUCGGUUCGGCUCUGGGACCUUAGGGCUGUUCGACGACACCUGGCGGCCCUGCCGGACGUGGAGGUGGGGAUGGAUGUGGAGGUGGGGGUGGGGGUGCGGGUAGGUGGAGGGGAGGCGGGGGCGGCUUGGGCAUCAGAGGCGGCGGCGUUGGCUGGGCCCUUGGAGUUGUGGCACUUGAAGUCCUGGUGAAGUCCUGGCUGAGGCAGCAUCAGGGUGGAAGCGCUCCCUUGCCGGCGGCUUGGUAGCAGCCAUGCCUGAAUGUGUGUUGAGACAACUGGCAUCGAGUGGGAACGUACUGUGAUUGCCGGAAGAUGAAGUCCCCACGGAAACGCCACAAAUGAAUUUGAGUAUGUAUGGCUGGUGCUGUUAUGCCAACAACACUUGCUUUCGUGUGUGGGCUUCAUUUCUUCUUUAGACGCAAUGGAUAUGGUAACGAUACUGGAGUUUGGGGUGCGGUCUACCGUAUUCCCUGCACGCGCAGUUUGGGGCUGCAACCUGGAUGCCUGGCGGGUUUAUGUAUUUGCGUAGGUGUGGCAGGCUGUGGUAACGCACUCAAAUUAAGAAAG